AUGAAGGCUUUUUCCUUCAAUGGGAUGCUACUUUUGGGUUUUUUACUGUCUUUGAGCUCGGUUUCAGCUUUAUCUUCAUCUGGGUCGGUUAACCACCCCAUCAAGUUUUUUAUAGGAGGUGGAGGAGAAGUGAACUUGGGUUCAUGGCAAAACAAAGCUACAGAAAUGGCUCCGGCACCGGGGCCUCGAGGUGAUAAUACUCUUAUUCUGGCGGCAAAUAGGACUAAGAGGCCUGAUAUUCUUAGAGGAUUUCAUCGUUAUCGCGGUGGUUGGGAUAUUUCGAAUCGGCAUUAUUGGGCUUCGGUUGGCUUCACUGGUGCCACAGGUUUAGUACUUGCCAUGUUAUGGUUCAUCUCAUUUGGCUUGGCGCUUGUGAUUCAUCUGUGUUGUGGAUGGGGGUUUAACAUCAACGACAAAGAAUCUAAUCGUUCGCAAAGGAUUUGUCUUAUAUUGCUUUUAGUGUUCACCUUUGCUGCGUCGACCGGAUGUAUCCUCCUUUCUGUUGGGCAGAAUAAGUUCCACGGCGAGGCCUUGGAUACCCUCCAUUUUUUUGUCAAUCAAUCAGACUAUGCGGUGCAGACUCUAAGAAAUGUCACGGAGUAUCUCUCCCUUGCAAAAACUAUCAGUGUCAAUCAGAUAAUUCUUCCAUCCGAUAUCCUUGAUGAUAUUGAUAAGUUGAACGUGGAUCUAAAUACUGCAGCAGAUGCACUUUCUGAGAAGACAAAUGAAAAUUCUGUUAAGAUUAGAAGAGUAUUCAAUUAUGUGCGAUCAGCGUUGUUUGUUAUGGCAGGAGUGAUUCUUGUUUUGGCGUUAACCGGAUUAGUCUUGUCGCUCCUUGGAUAUCAACAUGCAAUCCUCUUAUUUGUUGUCACUGGAUGGUUACUGGUUGCAACCACAUUCAUUCUUUGCGGAGUGUUCAUGAUCCUUAACAAUACAAUUUCUGAUACAUGCAUGGCUAUGGGAGAAUGGGUAGAAAAUCCACACAGAGAAUCUGCUCUUAGCAACGUCCUUCCGUGUGUUGAUCAGAGAACCACAAACAAAACACUUAUUCAAAGCAAACAAGUUGUUACCAAUAUUGCAAGUAUUGUCAAUACGGCCAUCUAUACCACUGCAAACGUGAAUGUAACACAAGGUCAUCCGGGUUUUUACAAUCAGUCUGGGCCUUUUAUGCCGGUGCUAUGCUAUCCCUUUGACGAUCAACUUCGAGAACGCCAAUGUACAAAUGGAGAAGUUUCUUCUGAUAAUGCUUCAAUGGUUUGGAAGAACUAUGUAUGCGAGGUAUCUGAAUCGGGUAUAUGCACUACAGUUGGCAGGGUGACCCCAGAGAUUUACUCACAGUUAGCAGCUGCAGCUAACGAAAGCUACGCGUUAGAACAUUAUGCACCACUUUUACUUAGCCUUCAGAAUUGCAAUUUUGUCAGGGAUGCAUUCACUGGAAUCACUUCAAGUUACUGUCCUCCAUUAAUUCAUUACCUUAAGGUUAUUAAUGUAGGACUGGGACUCAUUUCAGUUGGUGUUCUGCUCUGCCUUGUUCUAUGGAUACUCUAUGCAAACCGCCCCCAAAGGGGAGAAGUGUUUGCGACGCUAUCCUUAGAAAAAAUAAAGAACAAAUUUAACAUGAACCACAACAGCAGAGUUUUAGCAUUGCCAAAUGCAAAUGCAAGUAGUGUAGUCUAG